AGAGCCUCUCUACCGUAGGAGCUUCCUGGUCCCAGUACCUCUUCCUCCGUCUUCCAGCUGCGUCUCCGUCGGUCCAUCUCUGCCACCAUGUUCGUCGCCCCUCCAGGCUACCAGCCUGUGUACAGCCCUAGCAUCCCGUACGUGGGACCUAUCUAUGGAGGUCUGAGAGCUGGGAUGUCUAUCUACAUCCAGGGGUCUAUUCCUCACCACAUCACCAGGUUCACGUUGAAUCUGCAGUGUGGGGAGUUUGAGGGAACUGACAUCGCAGUCCACUUCAACCCACGAUUUGACGGUUGGGACAAGGUGGUUUUCAACAGCUUUCAAAAUGGAUCCUGGGGUUCGGAGCACAAGACCCAUGACAUGCCGUUCAGGAAGGGCGAGGCCUUCGAGAUGGUCGUCGUGGUCACCGUGGAGGGAUACCAGUUUAAAGUGAAUGGGCGAGACUUCCACUCUUUCACCCAUCUUAUUCCUGUGGAGAGAGUGUGUGCCCUGUCCAUCGCAGGCGACGUGGCCAUUCAGACAAUCAACGUCAUGGGGGGUGCUAAAGGACAAAUGAAUAAAUAUCCAGGAGGGAGAGGAGGUGGAGGAGGCAUGGGUGGAUACCCAGCAGGGGGAAUGGGUGGAGGCAUGGGUGGAUACCCUGCAGGGGGAAUGGGUGGAGGCAUGGGUGGAUACCCUGGUGGAAUGGGGGGAGGAUACCCAGCAGGUGGCAUGGGCGGAGGCAUGGGGGGAGGAUAUCCCGGGGAUAUGGGGGGAGGAGGUGGCUAUCCAGGACAGAACCUGCCGGUUAUGGGUGGACAACCAAGGUACAACCCUCCCGUCCCUUACUGUGAAACCAUCCCAGGAGGAAUGUCCUCCAAGAGAACCAUUGUGAUCAGGGGCAUGGUGCCCAUUGGAGCAGACAGGUUCAGUGUUAACUUCAAGGUGUCCAGCUCAAGGGAAGUUGCCUUCCACAUGAACCCUAGAGUUAGGGAGGGGAUGGUGAUCAGGAACAGCAUGGUCGGGGGCAGCUGGGGGCAGGAGGAAAGAGAGCUCAGCCUCAACCCUUUCCUGGAGGGGCAGUACUUUGACAUGUCCAUCCGCUGUGGUAACCAGAGGUAUAAGGUGUUUGUGAAUGGGCAGCACAUGUGCGACUUCUUCCAUCGCUACCAGGCCUUCAACCAGGUAGACACGCUGGAGAUCAUUGGAGAUGUCCAGAUCUCCUACGUCCACUUCUAAUGCUGCAUCUCUAAACACCUGCUCAUAUAGCAAUAACUUAAUCACUCAGCCAUCUGGACAAAUAACGUUUUUAGUGUAUAUCCUAGGUUUUCAUCAGACUAGAAGUUUCUGUUGUAUCAGUUUGAAAAACAGGCUUGUAUGUUUCUUUAAGCGAACAGGAUGAAUAAACUGUGUCCUGGACGUCUGCAUCUCUUCAU